AUCGACGAGUAUGAAAACCUUUGACUGCGCAAACUAGUAAACCGUAUUUCAGAAUCCGAACAGAUCUCUCUGUUUAGUCUUCUCUCCUUAUCUCAGUUACUUGGAUUUCGCUCGCCAGAUUUCCGAAGGUAUUGAAAUGGCGGAAUCAAAACCUUUGAGAAAACCUGUAUUCACCAAGGUUGACCAACUUCGCCCUGGCACUACUGGUCACACGCUUACUGUCAAAGUUGUCAGUACAAAAAUGGUGUUGCAGAAGGGUCGUGCUGAUGGUCCUCAAGUUCGUCAAAUGCGGAUUGCUGAAUGCUUGGUUGGAGAUGAGACAGGAAUGAUUAUCUUUACUGCUAGAAAUGAUCAAGUGGACUUAAUGAAAGAGGGCAGUACUGUUACUUUUCGCAAUGCGAAAAUCGACAUGUUUAAGGGAUCAAUGAGGCUUGCCGUGGACAAGUGGGGUCGAAUUGAGGUUGCUGAACCUGCUAGUUUUUCAGUGAAGGAAGAUAACAAUCUGUCACUGAUCGAAUAUGAACUGGUUAAUGUUGUUGAAGAGUGACCCUUUCUGGAUGGUAUUUUCUUUGCUUCUAUAUCGCGACUCAAGAAUAAAAUCAAUGCCGGUAAACAUGUUAUUCCAAUCUACACAACUUCUCAUCUUCAAGAAGGCUCGGGGGAAGAAGGAAUCUGGAAGCUAGUGUCGGAGUUGUUUGUUGUCUUUGCACCAAAUCCAUCAGACCUUGUUGGUUGGCUGUAAAUUUUAGAGGUAAAAACAUCUAGCUUUUGAAACUUGCUUUCAUGUUUCUUAUUUACUUCUUUUUUCUAGGCUUCCACUGAUUUUGGCUUCUAUAUUAUACUGGAGAAGUUUAAUAUGAUGAAAUGUAUGAUGGCUGCAUGCUUC